AUGUCUGUCAAGAUGGCGGGAGAGUCAAAGAUUGAAGACCAGCCGGAGGCAAACAUCAUUGUUGCGGCCGAUCAUGGCCGGCUCGACCUUGUUACGACGCUCUUAGAGGGCGUUAUAGACCCAAAUACUGUGGACGAAGUCGGAACUUCGGCUUUGCACAAUGCAGCAAAUAAAGGUCAUUGGCAUAUUGCCCGUCUUCUUCUGGAGAAGAAUGCAUCACCUCGGAUUCGAGAUGGCAAAUACGCGAUACCCGUCCACCUCGCGGUAAAAGCAGGUCACCAACAGAUCGUCCGCUUGCUCCUCGAGUGUGAUCCGGGUAUAUCUGACACUAAACAAAUUGACCAGCAUAAACUCCUUCGCCUUGCUGCAGGAUUUGGCCAUAUCGAUAUUGUUCAACUACUUCUGAAUCAUGGCGCCUCCAGCCUGAGCACGGAUGGAAGAAAAACACCGCUGCACUGGGCCGCUAAAAAAGGGCAUGCUGAUGUCUGCGAGCUUCUUCUUAAACACGACAAAAAUUUAGAUCGAUCUCUAUGGGCCCGUCCAAUGGGACCCAGUUUAGAAGUCGACGCAAAGGAUAUGUUCGAGGAAACUCCAUUUACGUACGCGUGUCAGAAUAAACACAAGCGGACCGUGGAAAUAUUCCUACGGCAAUAUUCAAAUCUAUAUAAGACCUACCGUCCCCAAAGGGGCAACGUCUUCCAUGACGCCAUCAGGACAGGUGAUAUUGAGAUGGCUGGCAUCUUUUUGAAUCAUGGCGCGGAUAUUGAGAUGAAAGACAAUAAAGGGCGACGAGCCAUUCACGUGGCCGUCUCCGCUGAUACCAUGGGGUUCGUCGAUACAUCAUAUGAGAUGAUACAGCUUAUACUUGCGCAUGGUGCUACAGUUGAUGUGAAGGAUGAGAACGGCCAUACUCCCGAGUCCUACACUUCUAAGCCAAGGAUCAGAAUGUUACUGCGCACCUCUAAAGUGUCGAAGGGAGAGUCGGUGCCGGUAGCACCACAGACUAAGGCACCGCCCCCUGAGUACAAGAAUUGA